ACGAUUGAUUCAUUGAGUGUAAGAAAUACGACCAAGUGGUCAAUCAACAAAUUGUUUAAAAGGCCCAAUUUCUGCUCCUUCAUGAUGAAGUUCUUCAUGCGUCUGUUCCGUGUACCUUUGCUGCAAAAUGUUGGUGCCAGUAUCUGUUGUCUCUCUUGCCAUUGCAGCAAUUGCAAAUGCUGCCCCUUCAUCGACCAAAUAUGUGAUGCAUGAAAAGCGAAAUGCAGCACCAUCGGAUUGGGUAAAGGGUUCUCGAAUUGAAGGAAGUGCAGUUGUGCCAAUGAGAAUUGGUUUGACCCAAACCAAUCUUGACAAUGGUUACGAAUACCUUAUGGAGCUGUGAGUGAUUCUGAUGUUUGCCUUGAUCAAAUACAUUUAUCUGAACCAAUUGAAGCUAAUAAUAUUCAGUUCGGAUCCAGAAUCUCCAAAGUAUGGUAAAUAUUGGUCGUCAAAGGAAGUCCACGAAAAGUUCGCUCCUCCAGAAGAAACUCUUAAUUCGGUUAAAGCCUGGCUUACUUCGUCUGGUAUCCAUCAUUCUCGGAUCUCUCAUUACGAAAACAAAGGGUGGUUGGCAUUUGAUGCUUCAGUCGAAGAGGCUGAGCGUUUACUCCAAGCCAAGUUUCAUGAACAUGAGCAUAAAUAUAGUUCGAGUGUUCGGGUUGGAUGCGAUGAGUAGGAUUGUCCCGUCCUCACUUGAAUACUUAUUUUUACUAACCAAACUCUAAGAUAUCAUCUUCCAGAGCAUCUCGUACCACAUAUUGACUACAUCACACCCGGUGUCAAGCUUGCACCCGUCAAGAAAAGAAGCGUAAAAACCAAGCGAUCCACGUCUUACCUUUCCAAGCGAAGAAACCGUCUUACCAAGGGAAACCCUCCUUCACAGAACUACGAGUGGACCCCACCUGCAGCUGCCGGCCUUUCCAGCGAUUUGCAAGGUUGCGGUUCAAAUAUGACACCUACUUGUAUCAAGGCCAUGUACAAUAUUCCCACCGCCACAUUGAAUGCAUCGGGCAACUCUCUGGGAUUAUACGAGCAAGGAGAUUACUUCGCCAAGUCAGAUCUUGAUCUUUUCUAUGCUGAGUACGCUCCUUGGGUCCCACAAGGAACCUAUCCUAUUCCCGCACUCAUCGAUGGUGCAAAUUUCUCCGUUCCUCCUUACAGUUCCCUCAAUGGAGGUGAAUCUAAUAUCGAUAUUGAUAUGGCGUUUGCUCUUCUUUACCCUCAGACUGUCACUCUUUACCAAGUUGAUGAUCAAAUUUACGAGCCAGAAGAGGUUGCAACCACUAACUUGUUCAACACUUUCCUUGAUGCACUUGACGGAGUAAGUUGAUCAACAUCUGCAACGAGACAUUGCUAACCAUUUUCAGUCUUACUGCAACUACAAAGCAUAUGGCGAGACCGGAGAUGACCCAUCAAUUGAUCCUGUGUAUCCCGAUCCACGACCCGGUGGAUGGAAUGGAACACGUCAAUGCGGAGUCUACAAACCUACUAAGGUCAUCUCCGCAUCCUAUGGUCAAGCUGAAUCCGACCUCCCUAUUGCCUACACCAAACGUCAAUGCAAUGAAUUCAUGAAACUCGGUCUUCAAGGCCAUUCAAUCCUUACCGCAUCUGGUGAUUACGGAGUCGCUUCCUUCCCCGGAGAUGGCGAUGCAAAUGGUUGUCUCGGUCCUGAAGGUAAAAUCUUUAACCCUCAAUAUCCGGGUAACUGCCCGUAUAUCACCUCAGUAGGUGGAACCAUGCUUUACGCCGACCAAACCGUCAAAGACGCCGAAUCAGUCAUGCACGUCAAUCUUGGUGGGACGGCUUCCAACUUUACCAGCUCAGGAGGUUUCUCCAACUAUUUCCCCAUCCCUUCUUAUCAAAAAUCCGCCGUCGAGACGUAUUUCGAGACUGCCAAACUCGCCUAUCCAUAUUACUCUGAAUUCGAAGUCAACGUCAACGCAACAAAAGGACUCUACAACCGCAUCGGACGAGGUUAUCCCGAUAUCUCCGCCAACGGUGCCGAAUUUCGUGCACACCUUAAUGGGGUCGAUGAACAUUGGUUUGGCUCAUCGCUGGCAUCUCCUCUUUUCGCAUCGGUGUUCACAUUGAUUAAUGAAGAGAGAUUCGCGGUUGGAAAGGGACCGAUCGGAUUUGUAAAUCCGACACUUUACAAAAACCCUAGAGCUCUUAAUGAUAUUAUUAAUGGCACGAAUGUAGGCUGUGGAACCGAGGGUUUCGCGGCAGUAAAGGGAUGGGAUCCAGCAACUGGGUUGGGCACGCCAAAUUACCCUAAGUUGUUGAAGUUGUUUUUGAGUUUGCCUUAGUUGAUGGACAGAAUAUUUUGCAGAAGGGUGUUUUGAUGACAAUAAUGCCGUAUGAUUUAUAUGUAUAUGAAAUGAGAACACAUGAAUGGAUUUAAGAAAUAAGAAUAACAUGCAAAAUAUACAUAUUGAUUCUCCAAAUAAUCCAAGCCAUUGUUAUAUUUCCCAACCCAACGGAUGUCGAAAACCACAUCAAUGUACAUAUCUACUAUCCUCC